GACUAUGACAUUACCUUAAGUUAAACCACAUUUCAAAACAAGUUAAAAAGUUGUUAAAAUACUUUCUAGCAUAAUGCACACCUAGUCUGGUCGGAAGGAAGAUCCUGGCUUUUUGAGCUAGGAAUGAAGUGGAUGUGACAGAAAACUUCCUUAGUAGCUUGAAAGGGUCAAUAGGUUAAUUCCACAUUUCAUUGGUUGAAACUUGAGCCUUCGAGUUCACGAUAUCUCACGUUUCAAUAAAACAAUAGCGUGUAGAAGUUGCUAUCAAGAUCUCAUUUCUAUCAGCGGAGAAAGACGUUUAUGUUUAGUGAUUCACAGAAAAUGAACUUAAGCCUCGUCCUCUUGUGGCAUGUCUUGUCAAUUUGGUUUGAAAAUGCUAGUGGAGUGUGCUAUGGCUCGACCAAUAAUGCAACCACGUCCCUGCAAACACUGGCAAUGACAAAUUACUCGAAUAACGAAUACUGUGUCUUCUACAUCCAACCUUCCAGUUCUUACUCGUCGUCCAGUUACUACUUAGAAAUCGAAUGGAAAUCGUUCGACAUUGAAGGGAAACUACCUUCUUGCAAGGACUAUGUCGAAGUAUUUCUUACGAGUUACAGUGAUAGCUCUGCAGCAGCAAGCUUCUACUCUUCUGGUUGGCCCUACGGUUACUACGCGAGCAACUCCCCGUGUUGGAGAACCUAUUACGCAGGUUCAAAGGCAGUGCGUGUGGCUGUGAUGGACGUUUCAUUAUACCGAAGAUCGUAUAGCUACUGUUACACAACUGAUCCUCAUUAUGAUAUCAGGGCAUCGUCUUCUCUCUACUCAACUUCAACAGACAUAAGAUCUUACGCAUCUUCUGUAAGCGGGAGGAUCUGCGGAACCAAAACUCCAACUAUGUAUACUGCAAAAAACAAUUACGUUUACCUGUACUUUAACAGACCAGAGACAAGAACUGGGUAUCGUGGCAUCAUGGUUGGCUAUAUGGCUUAUAAUGAAAUUGCUCGCCAUGAAUGUACACUCGGAACCCAUGCAUGCGGUGCUAAUGCCUAUUGCAAAUAUACGACUGGCUCAUUCCAAUGCAUAUGCCAAAGUGGAUACACAAGGACAGGAUCUACUUGCAGUUUAAUUGAUGUUAAUGAAUGUGUUCAAGGAACCCAUAAUUGCAAUUCUAAUGCUUAUUGCACAAAUACGAUCGGCUCAUACCGAUGCACUUGCAAAAGCGGAUACACAAGAGACGGGUCUAGUUGUGUGUCAUCAGGGGACCGUGCAGCUAAAACUGGAAUAAUAAUCGGUGUUGUCCUCAAAAUACUUAUCAUCAACACAAUAGUUUGCUGUCGCAAGAAAUCUCGUAGUUCCGAACGGCCUUCUACAAUAACACAUACAAGCCAUUCACAAUCCGCUACCUCAGCAGCAUUCGUCGUCGCCAAUGCCUCAGCCAAUGAUACCUUUAUGCAGAAUUCGGAGCAAUUGCAGCAGCAUAUGCCACAGCCUGCUUUCAUUUUCAGUGAAGGGAAUGUCUCUUAUCCACUAGCAGGGCCAGCACCUUUCCCUCCACAUGCAGUAAGUGUCAUACCGAAUACAAACGCAAUUCAACCGCCUGAAUACCAAGCAACCUUUGUACCAAGCAGUGCCUACCCGAUGGCCCCUCCUCCGUAUUCACCUAGCAUGGUAUCAAGCAGUUACUUGCCACCACAGAAUCCAUUCUUCGCCAGUCCUUCUCAAAAUUGAUAUAUGUUUGGGGCAUCAUUCGUGUAGAAAUAUGGAUUUAACAAAGAAUUUCAUCAUUUAUAGUUGCAAAUGAAAGCAGAAAAUCUGAAAGCUCUUCAAUUUUACAAUCAACUAUCACUUCUGGUUAAAUCGUCAAAUAAGAAUAUAGUUUUUUACUAGAAGCUAUAAACAUAGAAAUUUGUGCUCGUUUGUCAAUUAAGAUAUGACCUAGUUUGUGAGACUACUCAUUUACAAGCCUUUAUGAUAUUAUCUUAUAGCUCGUACGUAUUCAGCUUACUACAUAUCAAUGAGGUUUUUGCAAAGGAUACAAGACUCCGUAACAAGUCUUUCUAGAUUAAAACAGCUCUACUGUGAGUUCAAAUAUGAAAAAAAAAUAUGUUUUCUUUGAAAUAUAACAAAUGCAACAGCGUCCUUUUUCUUUGACAUUGUCUUUAGUUUUUUGAAAGAUUUCGAUCACAAAGAGUUUUGGACGGUAAAAAAUUAAGGCGGUCAGUAUCACAAAAAAAUUAAGACGGUAAAAAUUUUGGACACCCCUACUGGCCAAAAUU